CAGAGCCGUAAGAAAAGCCUUGAUUGACUUCAGGCCGUCUUCAAGGAUCCUUGUGCCACAAAUUGUUUGUCUUUCUGUGCUGGUCAAGAGUGUAACAUUAUUAAAUGGUUGCUGAUGAAGUGGGUUUUUCAAAAGCCUUGUUUGGGCUAGAGCAACUUGUGGUCUGCAUAGGAGUUUAGGCAGCGAGCUUUUCAGAGUUGUUUCACAGCAAUGGAUGCAGGAGAAACCAUGGCAACAGCCAGUGAACUGCAGCAUCUGCACCUGCAGCCUGAGGGCAGAUCGGUGAUGUCACAGAGGAUGAUGCAAGACCCAAGAACAUCACAAGGUGUGGUUCCGUACUCACCGCAUGGUGAACUUGUGCCACAUCGUUCAUCACCUACAGUGAAUGCCCUGCAAGUAUCAACUAGUAAUACGCAGCAACUCGGUUUCAUCAGUGGCAACAAUAACAUGGUACUUCAUGCCGGUACAAUCAACAUCUUCCAAGGAUCAGGAGCCACCGCUGCUCCACCAGGGAGAAGUCAAGCAAAUUUACCUCUCCAGAAUGAAGAUGGCAGACAGCAAAACCGUCAUACAUCUAACCGAGCAGAGAUGGGGUGUGGAGUGCAAAUAGAAGAGUUUCCUGAUGAAGACAGUGCAUCACUGCAUGCAGAGCAAGUUGAAUGUACACCAAGUCCAGAAAGGCCGCAGUUAUUCCUAGACCAACUAGAGCUUGCUGAGGAUGCAGUGCAGGGGAAAAACACUGUCCUGGUAGCCCCCACGGGAUCUGGUAAGACUCACGUGGCAGGGUACAUCAUCCAUGAUCACUUUAUUGCUGAGAGACCAAAACCUGUUUGGAACCGACGUGCCCUGUUCCUCGUCACCACCGUCAAUCUAGUUGAACAGCAGAGCAACAAGCUAAAAUUUCUCCUAGAACGUGACAACUUUUUCAGCGUUGUUGGCAUCCAUGGCACUUCCGAGUUGUCACUUAAAGAAGAAGCGAAGAAGAGAAAUGUCAUUGUGGUGACAGCUCAGCUCCUGGAGAAUGCCCUCAGCUAUAUCCCGCUAGACUACUUCUCACUGCUGGUGUUUGAUGAGUGCCAUCUUUGCCAGAAGGACCAUGCAUACAAUACUAUCAUGGCUCGCUAUAUGGAUGAGAAAGACAGAGGAAACUUCAACUUACCACAGAUUGUCGGUAUGACUGCCAGUCUCGGGACUGGCAAGGCUAAGGAGCAGAUGGAUGCUGACAACCAUGCCAUCCAGAUUUGCGCCAAUAUGGAUGCUCAGAGUAUCUCCCUGGUUAUCAGGAAUAGGACAGCUCUGGAAUCACGGGUCAAUAUUCCAAAAGAAGUGAAACCUAUUGAGGUCAGUUGCAGAAAGAUCGACCCUUUCGCUGACAAAAUCAAGGAAAUCAUGAAGAGAAUUGAGACCAUGCUGAAUGAUUCCCCUUACUCGGCAGUCCGCAUGUCUGUCAACAGUGAGCCCAUUCCCAGCGAGCUGGGUAGCCAAGCUUUCCGCCAGUGGUGCGACAGGAUGAAACGUUGCAGCCAGAAAAUCAUCACGCUCUAUGAAGGAGUCCCUUACCGCAUCCUGCAGGCCUGCAUUAGCCAGUUAAAGGAGUACAAUGCAGCUCUGCUUAUCAACAAGCAGGUGCGCACCAAGGAUGCCUUCAAUUACCUUGCUAACAUGAUGGACAAGAUGAACGACAGGAGGAGGAAAUUUGAUGAUAAUGACAGGGAGCUCUGGCUACUGUAUAACAGAGAAGAGAGAAUUCUAGAACGGAUUAAGGAUGACCCAAACAAUGAAAAUCCUUUGCUGGAGAAGCUGUGUGAGAUCAUUCUGGCGGAGUACAGUAUUCGUCCACAUUCCAGGGCCAUCCUGUUUGUGAAGACCAUAGACACAACGCAGGCAUUGCAAGACUGGAUAACUGAGACACCGGAACUGAAAUUUUUGAAUCCCGGCAGGAUAGCAGGGUCGAGAGACAUGAAAUCCAACCAGCAGAACAAAGUCAUUGAAAAGUUCCGCAAUGGUGAACACAAGAUGUUAGUGGCGACCAACUUGCUUGAGCAGGGCACCGAUGUCCCGGAAUGCAACCUUGUCAUACGACUUGACUAUGUGCCAAGUGAUUUUGGCCACGUUCAGAUCAAAGGUCGCACAAGAGCGAAAGGUGGGAGGAGUUACCUCAUCACUCUGGUUGAUUCUAAUGGUGCCGCCCGCGAUUCCGCUAACCGCCAGCGGGAGAUCAUGAUGAUGGAGGCAGCUCAACAUCUCAAAGACAUGACACAGAGCAGCUUUAAAAAUCACAUGGAGAGCUGGCAGAGGAGUAAUCGCUCAGAGAGACAAAUCAAAGAAGAAAAGAAGAGACUUGCCCUGGAAGCCAACUGUGAUGAGGUAUUUGUAUUCUGCUGCAGCCGUUGUAGCAAACCUGCAUUCCUGUCACGUGACGUUGGCAGGUACAAGAACUGCACGUACCUGGUCCUAGAUGUGGACUUCUCGCAGCACAUGGAAAUAAGGCCUCAUCCAAAACCGAAGCAGUUGGGGGCCAACCUAACCAUCAUCGGGAAAAUGUUCUGUAAGAAAUGCGGGCAUGACUGGGGGUCUUUGACUCAUAUCAAACAACUAUACUACCCAUCGGCAAAAAUUUCCCAGUUCACCCUCCGAAGCUACAACACAGGUCUAGCUCACACCUUCAAAAAGUGGAGAGAUGCAACUUUCAAAGUAAAAGAUUUGGUGGCUUUGCCUCCUGAUGCUGCGGUAGAGGUUGCCCCCGAUGUUUUGAGAAAGUUGGAAAUCAACCUGCCUUAAUUCAGGCACUUGAACUUGACCACAAGGACAAAAGAUGUGGAUAAAACCAAGGAGUUCUGGAGAAUUAGAUUUCAUAUUUUCAGUUCAGCAGUACUGAAUUUCAACUGCUUAGACAACUGAUAUUCAUUGCAGUGAUCAAUUCCUACACUGUGCAAAUUCAACUACUUGCAUUUUGCCCCAGAAGUCAAACUUCUACAAAACCAAAGGCAUUUAAUCCACUUGAUACAAUGUAAAAAAAUGGAUUUUGCCUUAUGCAUGUGCACUACUAUAACAUAUGGCCUUUUUACUACUUACGACUCCAACAUUGCUACAUGUAGUACAAUUUUAUGCACAAAUGUACAGUAAAAUAAACUUCUUUAACAAGGUUUAAUUUUUGCCCUUACACUGAUUUUUAUCGGACUAAAUGUAUAUUCUCAGCGUGGUUCGAGAGUAGCAAAAGGAAAUCUCAGAAAAAAAAUGAAAAAAGGUGUGAAAGAAAAUCAUACACCGGUGUAAGGGCUGAACCUAGUAUGAAAUUCCCUGACACAAAAAAACCACCUUAUUCAGUGAAGAUUGUUGAGUCUCAAAGUAAAUAAGGUUUGUUAAAGUCAUAGGUUCUAUCUGAAAGAAAGUGAGACCAGCCCAUUCCUUUUGGACUCCUAAUUAUUAGAGCCAACUUGAUGAUUAUGUAAUGCACAUUGUUCGUUCUCGACAGGAAAGACAGUCAUUUGGUUUAUUCACUGUGGGCUUUCUAUACACAGCUUCUUGAAGAUGCAUAUCUUAUACAUAUUUCAUACUUGACAAGGAAGAUAAUUAAAUUAAGAUUGUAUUAUCUUAGCUUGUCAGACUCACUGAUGAAUAAGGAUAUUUGAAGAGAUUUUUAUCCCAUGUCAAUAAAUACUUGGGGAAAAUGUGGGAUUUGGGAAAUAUUAAUUAUUAAUUAUUUUAGCUUGGUGAGUUAAUGAAGUUAGUAGUCUAGUUUCAAGUUGCAGACAGCUAGUUGAUGGUAAUGAAGAUGAGCCAUACGUACAAUUCAUGAUGCUGCGGCAGCAUUUUCAGAUUAGGAGCAGUGGUGGAAAGUUUCGAGAAAGAUAAUUUCAGCAUAAUUUGACUUUUAUUAUUAGUUGUGUAUCAUUUUUACCAAUAGAUUCCUCUUUUUUUUUUUCAAUGUGGACAGCAUCCACAUCUCAGUGAGGAUUUAGCCAAGGUGAAACUCAAGUUAACCCAAUCCAUCUCUUGUAGCUUGAUUGGAAAAAUAAUCCAAGCCUAUCUAAGAAAUUGUCAUUUUCUCUAACGUGACAGGUUGGCGAGCUGAUCACUGUUUGCUGGUCUAGUAACAUCUGUAUUCUCUUGUUGGAGUAACUUCUGCAGGUACUAGAAUAUGUUUGUUGUGGGCUUUAUAAAUAAUUAAGACGUGGUGGCGUAUCUAGGUCUCAGUGGAUUGAAGGGGGGCAAAACGGAUUUCAUUUCUUUCAAAAAUGAUUUAAUUUUUUCACCAACAAAAGAUACCCUCCCCUAACUCAGAUAAGAUUGCCAUUCUCUAACAUGCUGGUGCCUUCAAUGCCUUGAAAAAAAAUAUGAAUUUGAAAUAAAAAUUUGCACCAUGUCCCGGGGCAACUUACCCCCUCCCCUACGCCAUUGGCAGGUUGUUCAUGCACGUAUGAACUGUGGGUUGUUUUCUGAGUAAUUGUUUUCACCGUUUGUUGUGUAUUCUUAGUGAGCAAAAUUCUGUUAAAGUAGUUUGUAUUAUUAAUCAAUGUACAGCCACAUAAAUUGGCUGCUGGAAGUUGAGGUCGUAAUAAACGUAUCCAUUGAUGAGUCCUUAUAGUCAAAUUUA